GAGUACAUUUUUGCUUGGGAAGUGAGCUUAUCUACUUCACUAGAGCGGUUCUUAUUCCCAUUUCUUGUUAUAGUAGAAUACCCUUUGUGCCGGUUCUAAUGAACGCUUUCAAAUACUAAUUUCUCAGAGUCACCGAUUUGGCGAUGGCCCCGAAGUUGUUAACCUGUAAACGACGGAAAGAAGUCGAAAAGCAUGGAGGAGUCACCGACCGGAUGAGUAGCUUACCGGAUUCUGUACUGUGCCACAUCCUAUCGUUCCUCCCAACCAAAACGUCUGUGACUACCAUGACUCUCGUUUCUCGCAGGUGGCGUCACCUAUGGCAGCAUCUGCAAGCUUUCGACUUUGAUCAGGACUCGUUUAAGACAGUCCAAGAGUCCAAAAGGUUCAAAAAAUUUGCACUUUUCGUCAAUGCUGUGCUCGCCUUCCGCAAAUUCCGCGACAUUCGAAACUUUCAACUCCAUUGCGACAUUCAAAAUUCCAACCAUCGCUGUGACUGCGCCGAUAUGUGGAUCCGUGCUGCCAUUAACCCCAACCUUGAACAACUGUCUCUCUCAAUUUUCGACUGCGAUUGGCGUUUGAACCUCCCUCACUCGCUUUUGAAUUGCAACAAUCUUGUUUCCCUCAGUCUUCUUGGUGCAAUCGAAAUGAAUGUUCAAGGUUUUAAGCUUCAUUUUCCAUCACUUAAGUUGCUCAAACUCGAUUUUUCUAUUGUCGAUUCCGAAUUUCUCUUGCUCUCUGCCUGCCCCAUCCUUGAAACUCUCGAGCAUGUUUGCUUUGUGCCCGAAUAUUGGACCAUACAUCCUGUGCCACCCUCUUCUCAGAGGUUGAAUUUCAACGAUGGGACUUUCUCUUGGACUUGUCUUGAAGUAGAUUGUUUCCCCAACGAAACAUUUGGCAUUAUUGGCAACUUCCAGAGUAUGGUGGAAGCAUUCAUGGACUUCUUUCCCUCACAAAUAAGUGAGUCUGUCGACCCUAACUCUAUUCUCUACCGCCUCCAAACCUCCUCUAAUGGGUUAGAUAUACAGUUGCGUCAUUCGACAUCAAAGUGGUCACUUCAACCUCAGGUUCUAAAUUAUCCUGAAUUUCGUAAUUUGCUUUAUCUAAAGUUCAUUCUUCCCUGUUUCAACACAAAUCUUCUAGUCAACGUGCUUGACAAGUGUCAUAUGAUUGAAGUUUUAACAAUCCAGAGCAACAAGGAGGAACAACCACCUUUAAGGACAUGGGACCCAAAGUCAACAACAGUUCCUAAGGGUCUCAAAUUCCACCUGGGUUAUAUUCACAUAGAAGGAUAUCAAGGGUUUGAAGAUGAGUUGACAUUUGUUGAAUAUAUUUUGCAUAAUGGACAUAUGUUGAAGACAAUGCUUAUUUCAUUUGAUACUUCAAUGGAUCUGACAAACAAGUACUGUUCUCUCAAAAGAUUAUGUGACAUACCAAGGAGAUCCCGUAGGUGCAAACUUAAAUGUGACCCUGCUGUAUCUUCUUAAGUGUGUAUUUGGAGUGCCAUGAUUUCGGAUGCAGUCAAAAUCAAUGUUCUGUCAAAUGCUCGGGGGCUUCAUUAAAAAGAUGACAUUGAUAUCAAAACAUAUAAAUAUCUAUUUUGCUUUUCAGUUACUAAUAUCAAACAGGGUAUGUAAAAUGUCAUACCAAUUUUAGAGUGACUAUUUAUUUGUAUCUGUGUUUGAAGUUUGCUGCAUAUUUAAGAAAUAUUUAAUGUCCUAGAUUAAUCUAAGGAAGGCACUUUAGCCUGAUAUUAUAUUGUUAUAUGAAAAAUUAGCAGAUGCAAAAUAAUUUAAUUUUUCCUUUUGGUAACCAUCUAUAAAUAUCAUCAUCAGAAAUAAGGCUCUCAAAUAAUAAAAAUUGUCAAAAACCA